CAGAUAAAGAAAAACUCCAGCUAAGUAUAAAACCUAAAUCUAAUAUAGAAGUUAAAAAGAAAAUGGUCAAAUAUCAUCAAAAAUUAGCUGAAAUAGGUGUUAAUAAAAAAGCUGAUAUAGACUAUAUUUAUAAACCAAAUAGUCUUGAUGAUUGUGAAAUGCUUAAAAUAGGCCAUGUCAAUAGAGCAAUUGAACUUGGUAGUAAAAGUGAUAUGGAAGAUAAAAUUGAUAAUAUUGAUGAAAAAAACAAUGAAUUUUCUGAUAAAAAAUCUCUGCUUAAGCACUGUAGUCAAAAUAGAAUCAAUGUAAAAAAGAUAAAACAGACCUACUGA